CGCGGCUCGGGCGGGGGCGAGAAGAUGGCGGACGGGGACAGCGGCAGCGAGCGCGGCGGCGGGUUCGGCGGCCCGCGCGGGCCGGGACCCGAGCAGGAGACGCAGGAACUGGCGUCCAAGCGCCUGGACAUCCAGAACAAGCGCUUCUACCUGGACGUGAAGCAGAACGCCAAGGGCCGCUUCCUCAAGAUCGCCGAGGUGGGCGCGGGCGGCUCCAAGAGCCGCCUCACGCUCUCCAUGGCCGUGGCCGCCGAGUUCCGCGACUACCUGGGCGACUUCAUCGAGCACUACGCGCAGCUGGGCCCCAGCAGCCCCGAGCAGCUGGCGGCGGCCGGGCCGGGCGAGGAGGCCGGGCCGCGCCGCGCGCUGAAGAGCGAGUUCCUGGUGCGCGAGAACCGCAAGUAUUACCUGGACCUGAAGGAGAACCAGCGCGGCCGCUUCCUGCGCAUCCGCCAGACCAUCAACCGCGGCCCGGGCCCGGGCUUCCCCGGCCCGCCCGGGCUGCAGAGCGGCCAGACCAUCGCGCUGCCGGCCCAGGGCCUCAUCGAGUUCCGCGACGCGCUGGCCAAGCUCAUCGACGACUACGGCGGCGACGAGGAGGAGCUGGGCGGGCCGGGCGGCGGCGCGGGGCUGGGCGGGGAGCUGCCCGAGGGCACCUCCAUCACCGUGGACUCCAAGCGCUUCUUCUUCGACGUGGGCUGCAACAAGUACGGCGUGUUCCUGCGCGUGAGCGAGGUGAAGCCGUCCUACCGCAACGCCAUCACCGUGCCCUGCAAGGCCUGGGCCCAGUUCGGCGGCGCCUUCUGCCGCUACGCCGACGAGAUGCGCGACAUCCAGGAGCGCCAGCGGGACAAGCUCUACGAGCGCCGCGCCGGGCCGGCCGGGCCGGGCAGCGGCAGCGGGGCCGGCGACGACUCCGACGGGGACGACGUGGACGACGACUGAGCGGCGCCCCCGGCCGGGGAGCAGCCGCCGCCGCCACCCCCAGCCCUGGCCCCGGCGGAGAGAGAAUCUAGCUUCACCGCAGACACCGACCGUCCCCAGCCCCGGCCCCUGCUGCCCGGAUCCCUCCCCGGCCCCUUUCGAGAUCCCCCCCCCCCCCCGCCCCCGCCAUGGAAACCAGCAUCCCGGCGGCCGCGCCGCCGCCGAGCGCUUGAAGAGAAGGGAGAGGCCGCCGCAGCUAUCCAGAUCCGAGGGUACAGGUUGCGAUGGGGAAGGAGAUCGGGCCUAGCCGGGGCGGGAGGGGAAUCCCGGCAGCUUCGGGCCUAGAGUUGGGACGAGCCUGUUUCCGGACCAACGUCCAUUCUGUCCUUUCCUUUGCAGACUUGUUUUCUGGGAUGCAAACUGCUCCGCUCCGGGCGCUGCCGGAACCGGUCAGCGAGCGAGUUCCCGCUGGCAGCGUGCUGAAGAUUAAGAGACACUUUCUUGUUUUGAUUUUUUUGUUUUUAAACAUGGGGGUUGCGAAGAGGUAGGUUCAAGGAAAAACAGGCAUAAAGCACAAGGAAAGCUGAGUGGAUUGGUUGCUGCUCACUGAAGUUCUUCCCCUUCUCUCCAAGUAAGGUGGUCUUGGAAAAGAAACAGCGUUAGCAAUAGGGAGAAGUAAGAGCCAACUCUCUUGGCUUCAGUGGGUUGACCCAGCCAAUAAGUGGAAUCCAGCCUGGGAGCUGGGUUUUUAAAUCUUUAAACCAUAACUUGGUUGAGAACAGCAACAUGUGGCUACAAGUCUAGUCUGUGGAAGAAUGACUGGCACAAAGUGAGACAUGAGCGUCAUUCAUCUUCAAUGGAAAUCAGUGGACAUGUUCGACUAUGAAUCUAAACACCAAGAACCUCAGGUCCAAAAGUCCAUCACUUGUUCUUUUACAAGAGUUUUUAACAAGAGAAGAGAACUCAAUCUGUUUCCUCAGUACCUCACAUUGUGUUAACAGCAGAGUUGUCAAAAAUGCACGGAUGGAUUGUUCAGAGCAGCACACAACCUGUGGGAGCUUCAGAUCCAUCACUGAAAAGGAGCAGAAACAAAAUGAAUAAGCUCUGUGACUAUAAAUAUACCCUAGCAGCAUUUUUUACCACCUUGAAAUUUCACCAUAGACUGGCUACUGCCAAUUCGUCCAGCUGUUGCUCCAGAAUGCAGUUGGGGCUCUUUCCAGGGAGCACCACUUUAAAUGGGUUUUCACUCUAAAAUGAUUUUUUUAGCUAAUUGAGUCAACCCUACCCCUCCAGAAAGGUAUUUCUAGACACCUAGUCAUAUUCUAGUAACUUUGAACUGAAUGGAGAGAGUGCUAUUCAUUCCAAAGUUCCAGAUAUUACUUGGGUGACAUCAUAGAAUCUUUCAUAUUUUUUUUUAAACUGUGCAUGCCUGUCCUUUAUUUGAGCUGCCUUUUUAAUUUAUUGCAUACCCUUAUUACCUUAUUUUGUUAUUACUCUACCUAUACUAUCUUUAUUUUGUAUUUAUUGGAAAAUAAGGAACAUACAAAAGGCUUUUUUUUUUUUUCAUGCAGUUGUGGCUGGGGGGGGAGAUUGGGUAGGAUUUAAAAAAAAAAGCUUUUGAGAUAAUGAUAAAAAUCAGUUAUCAGAACAUUAACCACGAGUUUGUUUCAGCCACAGACCUGUAUUGUUGCCCUUUUAAAAACUAAUUCUUUCCUCCUGAUGUCCAUGGUAGGUCUUUUUAACACCAAUUUUUAAAGAUUUUUUUUUUUUAAUUCUUCUCCGUUGCAAAGAACCGGGUUUCCUAAACUGUACGGGAGCAAUAGUUCUUCUUGAUGUUUUAAUUACAUCCGUAUACUUGUACUGUAUUUUGUACUCUAAGGCAGCUGUUUUCAAUAAUGUCCUGCUGUAUUUACCUAUGUAUUUCGUUCACAUGUGUUCAGUUCUUUGCUGCGGAGAACAAAUUUCCACCGUUUCAGCAGACAGAAGGGCUGAGACAUCACAGCACUUAGGGGUGUAGAAAACUCUGCGUAACUAAUUACAGAUUGCAGGCAGCAAUGAGAAUUUUGAAGGCUGCAGACAUUGGGUGUAUAGUGGUGUAAUUUUUCCAUUCAUUUUAAAACUAUGUACAAUUUAUGUAUAGACCAACAACGUGUUUUGUUGCUUCAAUGGUGAUUGACCUUUUUCGUUGCUCAGCUGCAGUGAGCCAAUUCACGUUUUGCGAAGAUGCAGUACCUCUCCUUUUCCAGAGGAUUCUAUUUUUUGGCUGAAUUGCAGUAACUAGCCUUACCUUUCUACUUAUGUGGUAGCGACAGGGUCUUGAUAGUCCCUUGCCAGUGGCUACAUAAGCUAUCAUUAGCUGUCUAGGAAGUAUGGAAGUGGACAGAAGCAUGUAUCAUGUAUGCCAAGAACACAGCCAUAUAUGGCACCGGCUUUGGCAACCAGAAACAUUUCUUCUGUAGUCAUUAGACCAGAUAAGUGAUGUAUCGAUGUACAAAACUCCUAUACAACUCAGUUUGGCCUUCCAGCAAACAUCAGGUGUGGUCAGAAUGCAGUGUGUUUCCAGAAGAAAUUUUAUAUUCAAAACUGUUAACCUGCCUGUAUCCAACUAAGCUAUCAUGAAAGGUGGGUUGAUAAGUCUUAACUGCUGUUGAGGAUUAUCUCUUCCUACAGCGGGUUCAUGGUCUUCCCUCUGCAGGAAGAUGGAGCCCAAUUCUAGUGGCACAAGGCCAUGUUGAGUAUAGUGGUUCACUGACUGAGGAAAUCAUUCCCUGUUGUUGGGGGUGGGGCAAUUGGAAUCUGGAGACAGGGUAGGUGGGGCAGAAAGGAGGGAGUUUGCCUCAGAACUGCAGAAUUUCUGCAGAGAUUUUUAGUUUUCUAUUGUACUUGGGCUCACUCUGAAUAUUUCUUGUGAGAUGCAAAGAGGAUCAUUCAGAAAUACGUAUUGGGUUAUAAAUUAAGUGGAUUGAUUCUGAUGGGGCUCCAGAAGGUCCCCAUAAUCCACAGCCUCUUAAAAAUUACACUGUAUAUUUUACAGUGCAUCACUCUGACACUAAUUUGUAACAUGUUAGUUAUUUGGAUAUUCAGAAUAGUCCUAUUUCUAUAGAAUCUGGCAUCACAAGAUUGGGACAUCUUGAUGUGACCGGUAUAUCCAUUUACUCCAGGCAAGCAUGUUAACUGGAUUGUUUGUGGGACAAUCAAACAGUUCACCUUGAUCCUUAAACAAGUCCUGUAUAGUUAAAAGGGGGAGGAAAUUUGUCCCAUUCUUGGUGUUACUGCUUGGAUCGAGAACGUGACCUCUGCAACAAGAAGGGUUGGACACUUCUUCUUUUAAAAAAAUCCCCAUAAACUUGGAUUCUGUUUAAAAAAAAAAAAAAAA